UGUUAGAUUACAUGAAUCACUUCAUUUAGUGAUUUAGUCAUUGAUGCAGUAAAUCGAAUCCGAAGCAACGCGUUGAAUACGCGGUUAUUUGCGCAGUUGUGUGAAGAAAAUGAGGAACACUUUCAUCAAUUACUCCUUCACACUGAAGUACGCUGGCUGUCGAAAGGCUUAUGCUUGACAAGAUCUUUUGCACUUUUCAAGACUAUAUUAGAAUUUCUGGAUACUAAAGAUAAAAUUUUAAAAGAAAAUUUAAUGAAGAGGAAAACAGACAUCGAAUAUUUAACAGAUUUGUUUACAAAAUUUAAUAUGGUUAAUUUGCAAUUACCAGGCGACAGAUUAAAUUUGAUUGAAAAAAAGUCCAUCUUAUCAGCGUUUCUUGCCAGAGUUAAACUAAUGAAGCAAAAUAUUGGACUAGGCAAAUUUUCUCAGUUCCCCAAUUUGUCACAGACAAGCUGCCAGGAAGACGACGUUUCAACUUACGUUCAACAUUUAAAUGCCCUCUAUUCAGAUUUUGAAUCUAGGUUUGAGGAUAUUUUGACUAUGGUAAUACCACCGUGGAUAAUUAAUCCGUAUAGUGACAUAGAAGAAACGAAUGUCAUAAUACAAGAGGAACUGACUGAACUAAGUACAAACGAAGAACUUAAGGUUCAGUUUAAAAACGGAUAUCAGCAAUUCUGGCUGCAAGACAACAUACCCGUUACUUAUACCGUUUGGAAAAACGGGAAAAAAGUCUAUAUUUGCCUGAAACUAUUCUUAGCAAUAUUUAGCGUCAUUCAGAGACGCGAAAAUACUAUUGCUCGGAAGAUCCAAUCUGGCAGUGGCAUUAUUGAGAAGCGUGGAGAAGACAAACGCUCUUUUAAUAAUGUAAAUAAAUUUGAAGCUGUGAAAGAAUUCAUAGCUAGUUUGAAAGGACAUGAAAGUCAUUACGGCCGUGCUAAAUCUCGUCGCAUCUAUCUUUCAGCCGAAAAUAAUAUUACUGCUUUAUGGAAUCUGUACAACCAGGUUGCAGUUGAAAAUUUGAAAGUGAAUUACAAACAUCCGCCUACUAGAACCAGUGUACCACCGACGACUAUGAACAGCUAUAAGGACGUCCGUUUCGCAGACUGUUGA